UCAUUGUUUUACUCUUUGGUCACUUUCAUCAGCCUGGGCUCUAUUGUGAUGGGAUUAAAUGACCACAUGACCGCUCAAAAUCUCUGCCGCCGCUAGUCUGAGCGGCGAUUCGGUGCGCUAAUGACUAGACGUUCGAAUCGGUUCUUUCGAACAAAUCAAGCAAAGAACCGGAUUUAGUGAUUCUUUUACGUCAUCACGUGGUCCGCGACAUCUCGUUAAAUGCUUUCAAAUAUUUUAAAUAAAUGUUUUGCUCAAUUUAUAAAAAAAAAAUUAUAACCAGAAAAACAAUGUUGUCGUUUCAAGACUUCAUUAGUUUACAUAUUUUUAAGCUCUAAAAUAACUUAUAGAAAUCCUAUGGUUGAGAACAUUUGAACGUAGUUUAUUACUAAAUUUUUCAUAGAUUAAUGGAUUUUAGUGUGUGUGUCCACAUUCAGUGUACAUUUUAUUUUACAUUCCACGGUUAAACAUUUGCAUGUUUUAAUGUUUUUUAAUAUUCAGUGAUGCCAAUUUAGUUGUUAAGAUUUCUGUUUUUAAAGUAACUUUUUAACCAAAUCCUAAAUACUCACGAGGCCAACCCCAUUCAGUGCAAUUUCGGAACGACCGGUUCUCGGUUGAUUAAAAAGAUCCGAUUCAUCAAAUGAUUCAUUCACGAAUCGGACAUCAUUAGUGCGCUCGCUGAGCGGGACAACCGAUGACACAAAGGGUCUGCACGUCUUGAGCGCGGGUUCCUAAAACUGAUCCGGAGGAGGCAACCUGUUUAAGACCAUAAAUAUGUCACAUUACUAAUAGAGCGUGAUUCGGUCGACUUGUUCAGUUUGAUUUAUUUGUGCAACUAAAGAGAGAGAGGCGUGUUGGGGCAACGAUGGAGAUGGAGCUAUCAACAGAUGUGGAGAAACUAUCCGAAACCAGCGAAACUCAGGAUAUCGACACGGAUGAUGUGCUGGAGCUAAACCAGUUCGACGGGCUCCCUUUUUCUUCAAGAUAUUACAAGCUGUUGAGAGAAAGAAAAGGUCUGCCGGUGUGGGGAGCGAAAUGCGAGUUCAUGGACAGUUUGAUGAGCAGCCAGAUCGUGAUAGUUACUGGCACAGCUAAAACAGGACAAAGCACUCAGAUCCCUCAGUGGUGUGCAGAGUUUUGCCUGUCCGCGCAGUACCAGAACGGCAUGGUAGUGUGCACUCAGAUCCAUCAACAGAGCACGGUGGAGCUGGCCCUCCGUGUGGCCGAUGAGAUGGAUGUCAACAUCGGCAAUGAGGUUGGAUACAGCAUCCCGCUUCAGACCUGCUGCUCCCACGACACCGUCCUGAGAUACUGCACAGACGACGUGCUGCUCCGGGAAAUGAUGUCGGACCCCCUCUUGGAGCAGUGCGGGGUGGUGGUCAUUGAUCAGGCCCAGGAACGCACCGUCAGCACAGACCUGCUCCUCGGGCUGCUCAAGGACGUGCUCCUCACGCGGCCAGAGCUCAGGCUGGUCAUCCUCACCGCCCCUCGCUCUGCUGAGAAACUGCUGCGCCACUACGGGAGCGUCCCUCAGAUCCGGCUGGAUGCGCCGCAGCCGUGCCAGGUGGUGUACGGUAGUGGGAGAGGAGGUGUGAAGGACUACCUCUGCUCGGCUCUUAGACUGGCUCUGGAGAUACAUCAGAAUCAAAAGCAUGGAGACAUUGUGACAUUUCUGGCAACUGAGCAAGAGAUUGAAUGCGCCCAUGCCAUUUUGCGGAGAGAGGGUGCCAAUCUUGCUCUGUCUCAUGGCGAGCUGGUGCCGGUGUCUCUGUGCCCUGAGCAAGGAGACAGUCCCUCAAUGCUCUCUGAAGAGAGCAAGAGUAGGAGAGUCUUCCUCACCUGCAGCCCCAGUGAAGAUUUGUUCUGGGCCGUUCACAGCAUUCGCUUUGUGAUUGAUGCUGGAGUGCAAAAAAGAUAUGUGUACAAUCCUAGAAUCAGAGCCAAUUCUAUUGUUAUUCGACCAAUCAGCAAGAGCCAAGCGGAGAGCCGCAAACAACUUGCAGGCCCAACAGGCAAGUGUUUCUGUUUGUAUCAAGAGGACACAUCACUUCCUGCUGAGAGUGUCCCUCAUAUUCUUGAGUCUGACAUCACUUCCACUGUGCUCUUCCUGAAGCGCAUGGAAAUUGCCGGCCUGAGCCACUGCGACUUCAUUGACAGACCAGAUCCAGAAGGCCUGAUGCAAGCUUUAGAAGAACUUGAUUAUCUUGCUGCUUUGGAUGACGACGGAAAUCUGUCCGAGAUUGGAAUUAUCAUGUCAGAGUUUCCUCUGGAGCCACAGAUGGCUAAGACUUUGCUUGCGUCUUGCGAAUUUGACUGUGUGAGCGAAGUGCUGACCGUAGCUGCAAUGUUAACAGCUCCGAGCUGUUUCCUUACACCCCCAGUGGAACUGAGACAGAAGGCCUUACUGUGUCAUCAGAGGUUCCAGCAUACAGAUGGAGACCACUUCACUCUUAUCAACAUCUUUAACGCUUACAAAUAUGCUAAGGAAGGGCCAUACUCUAAUGUGGAACGGUGGUGUGAAGACCAUUUCCUCAGUCUGUCUGCGCUUCAGACGGCCGAUGCGAUGCGCUCUGAGCUAACAGAAAUCCUGAAACGGCUAGAGCUGCCAGUGUCUUUACCUGCCUUUGGCUCUAAAAGCAACAGCUUGAACAUCAAACGUGCCCUACUAGCUGGCUUCUUCAUGCAGGUGGCGAGGGACAUUGACGGGUCAGGGAAUUACUUCAUGCUGACCCAUAAACACGUGGCUCAGAUCCACCCCCUGUCUGGCUACGGAACCGAGAUGCACAAGAAGAACCUACCGGAAUGGGUUCUGUACCAUGAGCACACGCUCUCAGAGAACAACUGUGUCAGAACCGUCUCUCAGAUCUCAGCGCAUGAGUUCGUUCAGAUGGCGCCGCAGUAUUUCUUCUACAACCUGCCACCUAGCGAGAGCAAAGACCUGCUGCAGCACGUUAUCGAUCACGGUUCAGCUGCUCCAUCUAAAGGCAAAAGAAAAGGCCAGAAGCCCAGCAGCCCCGCCAGUGAAGAGCAGAGCCAUGAGCGCUGUACCAUACAGUGACGGAGGAAACAGAGUUACCAUGACAACAGCUGACACUGCUGGCCUGCCGCACAGUAACCACGGACUUUCUGAAGCACAGCCAGGAAUCCAAAUGAGGUUGACUGAUUGAUCAACAUUGAUGAAAAGAAAAGAUGUGGUCUGUUGCUUAAAUUCAAAGGGCAGGGAAAAAAACAUUUAGCUUGCCCCCUUUUUCUCAGUGCCCCUAAGUAAUAGCAGCUUGUGCGGUUUGGCUGAAAGUGCCGCUGAGUUAAUAGCGAUUUAAAUAACCUACUGCCGUGCAGUAGUUAAUGAAUAAACUGUCCUUGACUUUAUGGUGUCUAAAAUGUGCUGUAAACUGUAGCUACUAGAUAGCAUUUUAAAUAAUAUAUUAAAAGUAGAAUGUAAUUUAGCCAUGUGCAUCAUAGUUUCACUGUACAUUAAUUUCCUUUGCAUUGAUUGUGCUUAUCAUUGGCUAGUGAUUAGUGUUUUUUUUAUUAUCAUUAUAUAUGUAUUUAUUUGCAAGGUAAUUGUUCAGCUAAUAUAAUUUAUUAUUAUUAUUAUUAAUCUCAAAUUCACAGUGAUAUGUUAAAUGAAACAAAAUGUUUAAGUGUAUUUGACCUUUUUUUUUGGAAGCGGUAAUUUUUUUUCUAAACUUCUCAUACUGAAUAAAGUACAAAAAUUUUGUGAAAUAAUCUAGAACUUAAUUCAUCGUAUCUGUUAUGUGUUGUCACGUAGUGUACACUUGCCAAAUAUCAGUGCAACUUUAAAUUCUGAUAAUAUUUAAUUCAAGUUUCACGUCACCUUUUAUAUUAAAGACGCAAAUCAUUUAAAAAAAGUUAGAAAAAAAUGUUUUUAUGUUUUUAUUUAGAUGCUUCCUCUGGUGAACGCUUUAGUCACGUUAAAAAAAUGUAUGAUGAUGUUGAAAAUCGAUGCAUUGUAUGGAUUUACGUUUGA